AUGGCAUUUACAGACACCACAGGCUCAAGUCACAAGUUUUUAAUGGAGGCGUCGCUACUCUAUCAAGACAUUUGUCCGGAGCAAUCACGUUUUCUCAUGUAAGGAUUCUCUCUUUAAUAAACGUAGAACGUAAUAGCUACAUCUCGUUCAUAUUUGUUGAUGUAAUGAUAAUAUAGUGACACUAGGUGGCAGAGUAGCACAGUGAAAUUCAUUUCAAAUUGUGUAGUUUUACGAAAUACAAUAUCAUGCCAAGUACAUUUGUUCCGUUUUGGUAUUGUUCUUUUCACAAUGUUUAUUUUUUAGAACCAAUGUCAUUGCCAUAGCUAUUGUUUUCUUGAAACAAUAUCAUGCAUUUUGUAACCACAUAUCCAACAUGCACACUAGCCAUGUGCACACACACGCUUUGCCAAUGUACAGAGAUAGUCCCUAACCAGGUCUGCUUUGUCUCCUACAAAUGUCAAACGUUUGCAUGCUUCUGUCCUUUAUGUUUGCGUGCAUCAAUUACAAUAGCAGGCAGCCUUAAUGAGCUGACAGUGAGACCCAGCUGGCAGAGACUGUGCCGUACCAUCUUGGUGCCUCUGGCUGUCUGCUCACCAUCCUGAGCCCCCCGGGCAAUCAAUGCCAUGACAUUGCUAAGAGCUCGCUGCUCUGGAGCUGGAAGCGGAUAGACUGCUACUAUGGUGCCAGUCCGUCACUGAACAUAUUUUGUGGCACAAAUCCAAUGCAGGUCAAUAGUACCUAUAUUAGCAUUUUCACGCUUAAUAUCCAAGAAGGAAAAACUGAAUUGCUUUCAUGCAGGAAUGGCUUGAAUUGUGAGAAUGACAAUCUAUUUUCAUAAUGAGACAAAUUUAUUGGGUUUCUAUCCAAAGUUGCAAAGGAAAUGUUGUGAUCUAUUGAAUAAACACAAUAGACCAGCAAAAUGGAUAGUGUGGCGGUAUAGCAGGAACAGUGGCAUCUAGUGGUCAAAAACUGGUACUUUCACACUACUUUAUGGUAAAAAAUGCAAGUGACACAAUGACACACAUCUCUGAACAGGGGAAAAAAGACAUCUCCAGAUUCACAGGGAAUACAUUACAUAGUAUGGAGAAGCAAUACUACAAGCCACAGCUUCAUACUACUUGUCAAACAUAGAGAACUGAUUCUGUAUACUGGUUGUUGGGGUGGGAUUGGCGUGGGGUCCGUGGGUGGUGUCUGACAUUUCUUUGGAGAUUCCUUGUGUCUUACUCAUUGGUAGGAAGAAGUUUGGCCCAAAUCGGAUGUUGGGUACAAUUGAAAAUGGUGGGUGUAAGAAUCAUCUUUCUUGUACUUUUUGAGGUGGAACGACCGUACGUUUGAUUGAAACCAACUAAUCAAAACAGGAACUCAUUCCAUUUUCAUCACCUUUUGAUUUCACAGAGUGACGACUGCAUUAUACUGUAGUUAGAGAGAGAGAAAGUCAAGUGUAAUUUCUGGAGCAAUCCUCUAAGCCAGGGUUGCCCAACCCUGUUCCUGGAGAGCUACCCUCCUGUAGGUUGUCACUCCAACCCUGUUCCUGGAGAGCUACCCUCCUGUAGGUUGUCACUCCAACCCUGUUCCUGGAGAGCUUCCCUCCUGUAGGUUGUCACUCCAACCCUGUUCCUGGAGAGCUACCCUCCUGUAGGUUGUCACUCCAACCCUGUUCCUGGAGAGCUACCCUCCUGUAGGUUGUCACUCCAACCCUGUUCCUGGAGAGCUACCCUCCUGUAGGUUGUCACUCCAACCCUGUUCCUGGAGAGCUACCCUCCUGUAGGUUGUCACUCCAACCCUGUUCCUGGAGAGCUUCCCUCCUGUAGGUUGUCACUCCAACCCUGUUCCUGGAGAGCUUCCCUCCUGUAGGUUUUUAACUCCAACCCUGUUCCUGGAGAGCUGCCCAACCCUGUUCCUGGAGAGCUACCCUCCUGUAGGUUUUAACUCCAACCCUGUUCCUGGAGAGCUACCCUCCUGUAGGUUUUAACUCCAACCCUGUUCCUGGAGAGCUACCGUCCUGUAGGUUUUCACUCCAACCCUGUUCCUGGAGAGCUACCCUCCUGUAGGUUGUCACUCCAACCCUGUUCCUGGAGAGCUACCGUCCUGUAGGUUGUCACUCCAACCCUGUUCCUGGAGAGCUACCCUCCUGUAGGUUUUAACUCCAACCCUGUUCCUGGAGAGCUACCCUCCUGUAGGUUGUCACUCCAACCCUGUUCCUGGAGAGCUACCCUCCUCUAGGUUGUCACUCCAACCCUGUUCCUGGAGAGCUUCCCUCCUGUAGGUUGUCACUCCAACCCUGUUCCUGGAGAGCUACCCUCCUCUAGGUUGUCACUCCAACCCUGUUCCUGGAGAGCUACCCUCCUGUAGGUUUUCACUCCAACCCUGUUCCUGGAGAGCUACCCUCCUGUAGGUUGUCACUCCAACCCUGUUCCUGGAGAGCUUCCCUCCUGUAGGUUUUUAACUCCAACCCUGUUCCUGGAGAGCUGCCCAACCCUGUUCCUGGAGAGCUACCCUCCUGUAGGUUUUAACUCCAACCCUGUUCCUGGAGAGCUACCCUCCUGUAGGUUUUAACUCCAACCCUGUUCCUGGAGAGCUACCGUCCUGUAGGUUUUCACUCCAACCCUGUUCCUGGAGAGCUACCCUCCUGUAGGUUGUCACUCCAACCCUGUUCCUGGAGAGCUACCGUCCUGUAGGUUGUCACUCCAACCCUGUUCCUGGAGAGCUACCCUCCUGUAGGUUUUAACUCCAACCCUGUUCCUGGAGAGCUACCCUCCUGUAGGUUGUCACUCCAACCCUGUUCCUGGAGAGCUACCCUCCUCUAGGUUGUCACUCCAACCCUGUUCCUGGAGAGCUUCCCUCCUGUAGGUUGUCACUCCAACCCUGUUCCUGGAGAGCUACCCUCCUCUAGGUUGUCACUCCAACCCUGUUCCUGGAGAGCUACCCUCCUGUAGGUUUUCACUCCAACCCUGUUCCUGGAGAGCUACCCUCCUGUAGGUUGUCACUCCAACCCUGUUCCUGGAGAGCUACCCUCCUGUAGGUUUUCACUCCAACCCUGUUCCUGGAGAGCUACCCUCCUGUAGGUUGUCACUCCAACCCUGUUCCUGGAGAGCUACCCUCCUGUAGGUUGUCACUCCAACCCUGUUCCUGGAGAGCUACCCUCCUGUAGGUUUUCGCUCCAACCCCAGGUGUUACUAACCUGAUUCAUCUUAUCAACCUGCUAAUUAUUAGAAUCAGGUGUGCUAGAUUAGGGUUGGAGCAAAAACUUACAGGAUGGGAGCUCUCCAGGAACAGGGUUGGGCCGUCCUCCUCUAUCCAUGGGCUGCUGUUCUGUGGCCUGUGUUUGAGUUGGGCCUGGGCCAGUAACCUCAGAAUCCCCCGGCCUGUUUUUACUCUCACUCACCUGAGCCAGGAAAUGUGUGGUUGAAUUUUAAAAAGGAAAUCAAAAUAAAAGGCCCAGUUGGGGUGGAUUUAUGGGUCGUUACUUUUAGGCUACCCGUUAAGAGUUUAUCCAGAUUUUUUUUGUCUCUCUGUGGAAAGAACCGAUUAUGGAAGAUGUGUUGGACAGAUCGUACUGAUAUCACAGCUGUCCAUGCCUGGAGGGUUAUAUAUGUUGAAUAGAUAGAUAUUAAGAUGACUUUUUAAGCCAUUCAAGGGGAACUCCACCAAAAACAACAUGUCUGAUUCAUUAUAUUUAAAAACAUCUGAUUGGACCUUUCUUUCUUUUCUUUUUAAAGGGAGAAUAUAUUCCCCUAACACAUGUGCAUGUAUUGAAACGGAUAGGCAAGAUGCAGCACAGAAAUGACCAGGAUGUGAACCCCGGUCUCUGACAACAUAUAGACCAGGGGACUCAACUCUUAACCUAAGAGGUCCGGAGCCUGCUGGUUUUCUGUUCCACCUGAUAAUUAAUUACACACACUUGGUGUCCCAGGUCUAAAUCAGGCCCUGAUUAGAGGGGAACAAUAAAAAAAAAUGCAGUGGAACUGGCUUCGAGGUUUCGAGAGUUGAGUUUGAGGGAUAUAGACUAUGAGAACUAUAGUUGUGGUAGGUGUUACCCAUUUGAGCCACACUCAAGCACAGAUGAUUUCACCUUUCUUACGUGUGAAGUCUACAAUUGUGUGUUAGGCUACUCAUUGGUACCAUAUCUUGUUAUUGGUUACAUGAAGAACAAAAGUUAGUGUGCUAGCUGUCAAAAGGAUAAUCAACCAAGCAACUUGAUGGCAUGCCCUGUAAGGAUAUGAUAUGUGUAGAAUACAGCAAUUAUAUCAUCUUAUUUAUCCACAGAGCAGUCCUACUGCGUACUAUACUUAAGGUUCCCUGAAGUUCCUCCUUGCUGUUUGUGUCUCCACUUAUGGUUUCAGCCAUGCGUCACUGGAGUGUUUGUUUUCAGUGUUAGUGUCAUUACUCAUGUACAAACAUGCCACCCUAUGUGUUUUGGGAGCCUUGUAGUGUUACAGGGCUUGCCCCCCAACCCUCACCCUCUUUUCCCCUGCCACCCUAGCCAAGCUGUUGCGUUGGACCAUCUGAGUUAUUAUUUCUGAGGUUUGGUUAGUAAACAGGAUGUUGCUCUCUCUCCUCCACACUGUGAUUGUAUCAAUUGUCCAUAGAGGCCCAGAGACUGAGCCGUGCUGCGUUCCAGACUUUAAACUCUUUGUUGAUAGCAUCUGGCCCAGAGUGGGCUCUGCCCUGCUCUAACUGGGUAGUAGGGGCCAGUGUUUAUUUCUCACUAAGUGUGCAUUUAAAAGGAGAUUAAUGUGAAGAAUGUUAAUUAGAUUAGCGCGGCAGAGAGCCCCCCCUUCCUGUAUCACAUCUCCAGUGGUGAUUGCUCAUCUGGAGAGCGUGAUGGGAUGUCUGCCUGGUAGCUUAGUUUGGUGACUAAAUGGGGCCAUUUGGAAAUGUUUAUUAACUGGAGUGAUUCGUAGUUAUGUGAAUUAGGUCACUUUGCGUUGUUGAUCUCACUUCUGAAGGUUAUGAGAUGUUUCAUUCUGGUUAAUAGAUGACAGACCCAAUGUUAAAAGAAGUCAGAAGUUGAUCAUGUGUUCUAGAAAAGUCUAAAUGAUCCUCUGUAUUGUUUUAUUGAUCCAAGGUUAAUUUCAUUAUUUGAACAAGCAGUUAAUUCCAACAGAGGAGUAUGAGGAAUCACCUUGUUCAAGAGUCUGUAGAAAGACAAUUCUGUAGCCUACUUUUCUUGACAGUUUUGCUCAUCCAGCGCAUUUCCUGCAUCUCACUGUCACUUGUUCCCCCCGUCUUCUUUCCCCCCUCAUCCCCCCCUAUUGAUGACAUUAGCCUUUCCCCUCUAGCCUAAUCUAGAUGCUUUAAUACAGCCUGUAGAUUGGAGAGAUUACUGACACUUGACCAUGAGACCUCCAAAUAUCAUGAGUCACUUUUAGCGUAGUGUAGUGUGGCUAAUUGUAGCGUGACUGUUUUGUAAAUAUAUCCCCAGAGGCUCCAAAAUAAGAGGCAGACAGUAGAUACAAAGCCCAGUCUACAGGGAGGUGAAGCCCAGACUACAGGGAGGUGAAGCCCAGACUACAGGGAGGUGAAGCCCAGACUACAGGGAGGGGAAGCCCAGCCUACAGGGAGGUGAAGCCCAGACUACAGGGAGGUGAAGCCCAGACUACAGGGAGGGGAAGCCCAGCCUACAGGGAGGUGAAGCCCAGACUACAGGGAGGGGAAGCCCAGCCUACAGGGAGGUGAAGCCCAGCCUACAGGGAGGUGAAGCCCAGACUACAGGGAGGGGAAGCCCAGCCUACAGGGAGGUGAAGCCCAGCCUACAGGGAGGGGAAGCCCAGCCUACAGGGAGGUGAAGCCCAGUCUACAGGGAGGGGAAGCCCAGCCUACAGGGAGGUGAAGCCCAGCCUACAGGGAGGUGAAGCCCAGACUACAGGGAGGGGAAGCCCAGCCUACAGGGAGGUGAAGCCCAGACUACAGGGAGGGGAAGCCCAGACUACAGGGAGGGGAAGCCCAGUCUACAGGGAGGGGAAGCCCAGCCUACAGGGAGGUGAAGCCCAGCCUACAGGGAGGUGAAGCCCAGACUACAGGGAGGGGAAGCCCAGCCUACAGGGAGGUGAAGCCCAGACUACAGGGAGGGGAAGCCCAGACUACAGGGAGGGGAAGGCUAGACUACAGGGAGGGGAAGGCUAGACUACAGGGAGGUGAAGCCCAGACUACAGGGAGGGGAAGCCCAGCCUACAGGGAGGUGAAGCCCAGACUACAGGGAGGUGAAGCCCAGACUACAGGGAGGGGAAGCCCAGCCUACAGGGAGGUGAAGCCCAGACUACAGGGAGGGGAAGCCCAGCCUACAGGGAGGUGAAGCCCAGCCUACAGGGAGGUGAAGCCCAGACUACAGGGAGGGGAAGCCCAGCCUACAGGGAGGUGAACCCCAGCCUACAGGGAGGGGAAGCCCAGCCUACAGGGAGGUGAAGCCCAGUCUACAGGGAGGGGAAGCCCAGCCUACAGGGAGGUGAAGCCCAGCCUACAGGGAGGUGAAGCCCAGACUACAGGGAGGGGAAGCCCAGCCUACAGGGAGGUGAAGCCCAGACUACAGGGAGGGGAAGCCCAGACUACAGGGAGGGGAAGCCCAGUCUACAGGGAGGGGAAGCCCAGCCUACAGGGAGGUGAAGCCCAGCCUACAGGGAGGUGAAGCCCAGACUACAGGGAGGGGAAGCCCAGCCUACAGGGAGGUGAAGCCCAGACUACAGGGAGGGGAAGCCCAGACUACAGGGAGGGGAAGGCUAGACUACAGGGAGGGGAAGGCUAGACUACAGGGAGGGGAAGCCCAGGAGGUGAAGCCCAGACUACAGGGAGGUGAAGCCCAGACUACAGGGAGGGGAAGCCCAGACUACAGGGAGGGGAAGCCCAGACUACAGGGAGGGGAAGCCCUGUAUUGUAGAUAGAUCCUUGUUUGCUUUUCUCCCGGAUGUUUUCCACUGAACGUUGGAAGCCCUUAGCAAACUUUUUCCACAAUAGCAUCAUGCAUGGAGUUUGGCUUACUUGUUAAAAAGUUAAUUGUGUAUACAUUUUGGACACUGAGUAAGAGUGUCUAGUAAGACGGUUUCAAGGGAGUUUCAAAACGCACCUCAAGUCUUUAGAUGAAUCAACUUCAACUUACAAAUUCAGCUUUUGCAGAAUUUUAGAAAAGCAAACUCCGCAUGACGUCCUCCUUUGGAACCUCUCAAGGCGUUGAAUGAAAGGCAAAGUGAAAGAAAAACAACCCAGAACACUAACUCCAAGCUAUGGGAGUCUCCCCGGAUCAAGCACUGUUCUAUCUAAGCAGAUAAAUAAUGAAGUGACAGCAGUUUCACAACAAAAACCUAACUUUUCUUCUUCUGUUGUUUUGUUUCUCAGGGGGAGACACCAGAGAAUGAAAGGUAAGAAGUAGCUAUAACCUUGGCAAAAUCAUUUUGUCAGUUACAAUUUGGGCUAGUUUAUUUCUGUUGCAUGUAUCCUAUCUUCAGCACACCUAUUGCUUAAGCACAUUAUGAGCAUGGUGCUGUAGGCACUAGGCAGGAGGGAAGAAAUUGCUGCACAUUGUUGCCGAUAAAACACUAUAAUCUCAUGCUAAUCGCACUGAGGUGGGUACUGGUAGCUGUCCCCAUCAGACAGACAGACAGACAGACAGACAGACACUCGUGGUACUGCACAGUCCCAAUGCCAGACAGAAGACAAAGGGAGGGCUAGAGAUUGGUUCAGGACUUUACUCCCCUGAUGAAACAAAGACCAGGACGUCCUCAUCAUCACUGUCAUUUGUUAUUUAAACUCAUGUUCCCCUGGACUCAAUCUAUUUUAUUUGACACUCAACUCCAUCCCAAAUGUUCAUUUUAUGUUAAAUAUGACUAUGGCCUAAGCACUGUUAUAUUUUGUACAUUCCCCUUUACCAUAGUUCCCAUGUUAUUUUUUCAUCUGACCUAACCUACACACUCAUAUUCCACUUGACUGUACCAUAAACACAUACAUUACUUCACAUCCCUCAACCUCCUCCCCCCUUCUCCUCUCCGCUCCCUCCUCUCCCAGCUCCAGCCAAGCUCCAGCCCAUCCCUGAAGACGAGCUCUGUCCCUUCUGUUUCCAGUGGCGUCGCCCAGACAACCACCGCAUGCGGCUGCAUCCCAAGCGGCGUGCAUCGUUGCGGGUGCAGAGCGUGCUGCGGAGGGAGGCCAGGGGUAAGAGGCUCAGCCUGGCUCAGAUGGACAUUUUACGGAGGUUCAGGGGCUCCUCAUCAGUGCUGGUGAGAAUAACACUCCUCUUCUCCAUUGUCAAUCCCCAGUACCUGAAAGUUAAGAUGUGGAUCGUAUUCAUUAGUGCAAAACGUAACAAAAAUGUUGCUACAGGAAAAAGCAUUUUGCAUAUAAGUUCAGCUAGUCCCUCCCUGCUUUGGUCCCUUUUUUUCUGUUUGGUGUCUUGUGAAUAUGACCAAAUAUUAUCUAUUAUAUUGACAAGAUAGUCAAGUGACCAAUGAAAAUACAUGUCCUCACAGAUGGAAGGCAGGCGGGAAGAGGCGAGAUCAGAUGGGACCAUUCUAGCCAAUGAGAGGGCAGAUACGCAUGUGAACAACAGGCACAACUCCAAUUUAAAGUCGUUUUUUUUGCCACGUGGGUCCACUUAUCAGUGCAUUCGUAACAACCUAACCAUUAAGAAACUUCUAUUCGAUCAUCUAAGCAAAUUAGCAAUUACAUUUUUUGUUGACCAAAUUCGACACUCGUUAACCUCCAUAAAGAAAUCCCUCACUUUGUGGCCUCUCUGAUAUGACCCUGGUCUCUACCUUUUACAGAUCAGGUAAUGUAAGGAAGUGAGGGAAGGAGGCCCCGUUAAAGUAUGGAGAUUCAUCCUGUUUCUAGGUCUCUCCUUGUCUGAAGGGUUACAUAAUGUUGAAAAUUGGCCAUUCCCGAAAUAGAAGACACGAGACACAGAAUGGAGUUGUUCUCGGUACACUACAUGACCGAAAGUCAUGUAGUGACUUCGGACAUCACAUUCCAAAAUCAUGGGUAUUAAUAUGGAGUAGGUCCCCUCCAUUUGCUGCUAUAACAGCCUCACUCUUCUGGGAAGGCUUUCCACUAGAUGUUGGAACAUUGCUGUGGGGACUUGCUUCCAUUCAGCCACGAGCAUUAGUGUGGUCGGGCACUGAUGUUGAGCAAUUAGGCCUGGUUCGAAGUCGGCAUUCCAAUUCAUCCCAAAGGUGUUUGAUGGGGUUGAGGUCAGGGCUCUGUGCAGGCCAGUCAAGUUCUUCCACAUCAAUCUCGACAAACCAUUUCUGUAUGGACCUCGCUUUGUGCAUGGGGGCAUUGUCAUGCAGAGACAGGAAAGGGCCUUCCCCAAACUGUUGUCACAAAGUUGGAAGCACAGAAUAAUCUAGAAUGUCAUUAUACAGUAUGCUGUAGCGUUAAGAUUUCCCUUCACUGGAACUAAGCCCCAGACCAUUAUUCCUCCACCAAACUUUAUAGUUGGCACUAUGCAGUGGGGCAGGUAGGGUUCUCCUGGCAUCUGCCAAACCCAGAUUUGUCCGUCGGACUGCCAGAUGGUGAAGCAUGAUUCAUCACUCCAGAGAAUGCUUUUCCACUGCGCCAGAGUCCAAUGGUGGCGAGCUUUACACCACUACAGCCGAUGCUUGGCAUUGCGCAGGGUGAUCUUAGGCUUGUGUGCUCGGUAAUGGAAUCCCAUUUCAUGAAGCUUCCGACGAACAUUUCUUGUGCUGACGUUGCUUCCAGAGGCAGUUUGGAACUCGGUAGUGAGUGUUGCAACCGAGGACAGACGAUUUUUACGCACUACGUGCUUCAGCACGCGGCGGUCCUGUUCUGUGAGCUUGUGUGUACCACUUCGGCUGAGCCGUUGUUGCUCCUAGACGUUUCCACUUCACAAUAACAGCACUUACAGUUGACCAGGGCAGCUCUAGCAGGGCAGAAAUUUGACCAACUGACUUGUUGGAAAGGUGGCAUCCUAGUUAGCCUAUGGAGAUUGCAUGGCUGUGUGCUACAGUCGUAUGAAAAAGUUUGGGCACCCCUGACAAUUUCCAUGAUAUCCAUUUAUAAAUAAUUGGGUGUUUGGAUCAGCAAUUUCAUUUUGAUCUAUCAAAUAACUGAUGGACACAGUAAUAUUUAAUUAGUGAAAUUAGGUUUAUUGGAUUAACAGAAAAUUUGCAAUAUGCAUCAAAACGAAAUUAGACAGGUGCAUACAUUUGGGCACCCCAACAGAAAAAUCACAUCAAUAUUUAGUAGAGCCUCCUUUUGCUAAAAUAACAGCCUCUAGACGCUUCCUAUAGCCUCUAAUGAGUGUCUGGAUUCUGGAUGAAGGUAUUUUGGACCAUUCCUCCUUACAAAACAUCUCCACUUCAGUUAGGUUUGAUGGUUGCCGAGCAUGGACAGCCCGCUUCAAAUCAUCCCACAGAUUCUCAAUGAUAUUCAGGUCUGGGGACUGGGAUAGCCAUUCCAGAACAUUGUACUUGUUUCUCUGCAUAAAUGCCCGGGUAGAUUUUGAGCAGUGUUUUGGGUCGUUGAAAUAUCCAGCCCCGGCGUAACUUAAACUUAGUGACUGAUUCUUCAACAUUAUUCCCAAGAAUCUGCUGAUAUUGAGUGGAAUCCAUGCGACCCUCAACUUUAACAAGAUUCCCAGAACCGGUACUGGCCACACAGCCCCACAGCAUGAUGGAACCCCCACCAAAUUUUACUGUGGGUAGCAAGUGUUUUUCUUGGAACGCGGUGUUCUUUUGCCGCCAUGCAUAACGCCCCUUGUUAUGACCAAAUUACUCAAUCUUUGUUUCAUCAGUCCACAGCACCUAAUUCCAAAAUGAAGCUGGCUUGUCCAAAUGUGCGUUUGCAUACCUCAAGCGACUCUGUUUGUGGCGUGUGUGCAGAAAAGGCUUCUUCCGCAUCACUCUCCCGUACAGCUUCUCCUUGUGCAAAGUGCGCUGAAUUGUUGAACGAUGCACAGUGACACCAUCUGCAGCAAGAUGAUGUUGUAGGUCUUUGGAGAUGGUCUGUGGGCUGUUUUUGACCGUUCUCACCAUCCUUCGCCUUUGCCCCUCCGAUAUUUGACUUGGCCUGCCACUUCUGGCCUUAACAAGAACUGUGCCUGUGGUCUUCCAUUUCCUCACUAUGUUCCUCACAGUGGCCACUGACAGCUUACAUCUCUGCGAUAGCUUUUUGUAGCCUUCCCCUAAACCAUAAUGUUGAACAAUCUUUGUUUUCAGGUCAUUUGAGAGUUGUUUUGAGGCCCCCAUGUUGCCACUCUUCAGAGGAGAGUCAAAGAGAACAACAACUUGCAAUUGGCCACCUUAAAUACCUUUUCUCAUGAUUGGAUGCACUUGUCUAUGAAGUUCAAGGCUUAAUGAGCUCACCAAACCAAUUGUGUGUUCCAAUCAAUCAGUGCUAAGUAGUUACAGUUAUUCAAAUCAACAGAAUGACAAGGGUGGCCAAAUUUUUGCAUAGCCUAUUUUUCACAUCUGAUUUAAUUUCAUACAACUUAAUAUUGCUACACUAAAAAUCUUUGUCUGGACAAUACCCCAGUACUCAGCUUUUAUUAGAAAAUGAAUGGCAUGACACUGUGAUCAUUUUCUGUGACGACAGAGUAAAUUGUUAUGCAGCCUCAGAGGGGUGCCCAAACUUUUUCAUACGACUGUAGAUUUUAUACACGUGUCAGCAACGGUUGUGGCUGAAAUAGCCGAAUCCACUUAUUUGAAGGGGUGUCCAUAUACUUUUAUAUAUAUCGUGUAUGUCCAAACUCCUCCCCUAUGGCCUGAGUAGCAGGUCAGAGGAUAGAUGGGGGCAUUUUCCUCCAUCAGGGAAACAGAAUCGGUAAAGUACCAUUGAUUGACAAUGGCCUAAUGAAGACUCAUAUCGGUCGAAACGUUGCCUCAUUGAAAAUCUCUGGCAGCAUCUAAUGCACACUGGCCGUGUCCCAUACUUGCGUUCUAAAUAGUAGCUUUUUUGGGUAUGCGAAAAUUGAAAGUUGUAUAGUAAGUGAAAUAUUGAAAAUGUAGUAUGCUUUAAAUGCCAGGAUGUCAUACUCAUUUAGGCUUUUCAGCUAGUAGAAUUCGCUGCACACUAUUGAGGAAGAGAAUGGUGUUUUCACACCGUGUGUUUGACCACAGCUGAUGAUAGUAUGUCAUUUUAGUAAGUAGUAGACAAGACAGAUUUCGGACACGGCCAGUGUGUUCAAGUCAGGUUAGGUAUUCCCCUUUCAUUCCUCUAGUCUCCCAUCAACUUUGCAGAGGGAAACCCUCAGAGAGUGGGAGCGAACAGAUUGCUGUGUCAAUAAAUCUAUCAAAUUUCAUUUCUAAAGCCCUUUUUGUAACUGCAGUGCUUUUACACUGUCUUGUUUGGUAUGCAGCACUGGAGAGGCUCUGUUCUCUCUCUGGUCAGACGCACUGAGGAGGAAUCCCUGGGCAGCCAAGGUCAGGUUGUGAUAGGCCAGCCUGAUAAUCAUCACAGCCAGGGUCAGGUUAUGAUUAGCCAGCCAGAUAAUGAUCACAGCCAGGGUCAGGUUGUGAUUUGCCAGCCUGAUAAUGAUCACAGCCAGGGUCAGGUUGUGAUUGGCCAGCCAGAUAAUGAUCACAGCCAGGGUCAGGUUGUGAUUGGCCAGUCAGAUAACAAUCACAGAGGAACAGAAAGCAUUUAGUUAGUGCAGACCCGGUGGAGUCAAAUAGGGACAGGGCCAAAGGAGAUAAACACUUAGGUUAUGUCAGGGUCGAACACAAGUCGUUUGGCGAGAGAGAGUAGUUAUGUUGGCCAUUUCUAUGGUAAAAGGUACACAAGUGGAAAUUAUACCGCUAGAUAUCUAAAUUGCUUUAUCUCUCUAGGUGGUUUUUUAAGACCAAGGACCUCUCCUGUAGUGUGGUUUACUUCACUUCAAAUGUGCAUUAGUUUCAUCCAGAGAAAGCACUGUGUAUUUAAACAGUACUAUAGCAAAUAGCUUCAUUAUCAGUAUGAAUUUAUUGUUACUCAAGAUGAGCUUCCUGAAUACAGGAACUCUGUUGUGUAGCACAAGUUGAUAUUUUCCCUUCUGUCGUGUGACUUACUGGUAAGUGAAUCCUCUUUAGCUGCAUUUUUCGCAGAUAUAUUUUUACCUUUCAACUUGGAGGUCACUGGUCACUCGCCCAGGCAUAAAAUAGCAGUGAGUAGAAGAGCUCCACAAGCUGUCUAGGUGCGAAGCCGCGAGGCCCACAUAGACAUGCGUGGUUGUGAGUGUACUGUUAACCCUUAAGCAGACGAGGCACUCUGAAGACAAUAGGAAGAAUUCCGUCUCAUUCGCUCAUUCGCUCGGGGCUGCUGUUUGUCAACACCUUCUAGUGGGAGCUGCCGAUGACACUGAGGCAGGAAGAUUAGAUUUAUCACCCUCUCUCUCUCUCUGUUCCCCACCCCCCACCCUUCCUGUCAUUCCAUGCCAACAGAAGUCUUUUGCUCAGGAAGAGAGUGAUAAAUAAUGGAAGGAGAGUGAGAUGAAGGGUCACAGAUCCCAGCUUUAAGAAGGGUUUGUUUUUACUGUAUGUCUCAUUUCUGUUUGCCGUUUUAGGAUUAGUGGAGAUAUUUACUAGGCCUAAAUUACCGUUGAGUAUGACUUGAUUAGUGGCAUUCAUUUGGCCAGUAAACGUAGGAAGUCUUUGAGGAUAUUGAAGUUAUAGAUCUAGUUUUUAGUUACAGCUUCCAUGUAGUGUUGACAGAAUGCCUUUUUAGAGUUCUUGCUAUUGCACCCCUUACACACACACACACACACACACACACACCACACACCACACACACACACACACACACACACACACACCACACACACCACACACACACACCACACACACACACACAAGCCUCAUAUAGGCUACAUUAUAUUCACGCAUAUGUAGCCUAUUUACUCAUGUAUUUAUAUAUCUCGGUGUAAAGCCCCUUGAUUUGUAUAUCACUCCACAUUAGUGGCCUCCAAGUUUCAAGAGGAAUAUGAAUGUGUUUCCCAUAGCUUCAUUCUGUCUGAUGUGAAGCUUGCGGGUCUAUUUAAAUCAGGUGUAUCUAUGCAACCGGUGCAGAGAGAUAUGGAAAUGUUUGCCACGGUCCGUGCCAUGGUGAAACUUGCACUCCUGUAGAUCUGAAAUAAUUGAAUGGUGAAACUUGCAUCCAGCCAUCCAGAAAAGCAAGGCGAAGCAAUUCAGGCAUUCUUGAAAGUCAGGACAAUACUUGUCCUGCAAAUAAACAUUAUUUUUAUAGUUGAAAAAAUAGAGCAGUAGGCAUUUAGAAUUAAAUGUGGAGUGGAGCUUGAUAGUUAGGCCUACGUGAUGACAUCAGGUGCCCGCGUACCUUCAAAAUUAUUUAUUCGAAAAACGCUCUUUUAAUCAUAUUUUGUUGCAAUAAAGAAAAAGAAAAGAAAAAUCCACCCCCCUGACAAACGGAUAAAAAUGUUGAUCUUUAGAACAUUUCUCCUAUAGCUGCCGUUUUCAUUACACAUGUUGCAAUUAUUUUUGUUGUUGCUUUUGUGGAAAAAACCUGGGUCAAUGGAAACCUGGCUGCUGUGUCGCCCGGGACGUUAGAGAAGCGCAGCAGAGGGCUUUGACACCCGGAGAGGGUGGGAAGCAGCAAGAUGACAACGGGAGAUGGGCGGUUGACUGCUUUGGGGGCGUUUUAGACAGGCAGGCAGGAGGACACCUUGGGGGGUUUUAGACAGGCAUGUAGGAGGACACCUUGGGGGGUUUUAGACAGGCAGGCAGGAGGACACCUUGGGGGGUUUUAGACAGGCAUGUAGGAGGACACCUUGGGGGGUUUUAGACAGGCAGGCAGGAGGACACCUUGGGGGGUUUUAGACAGGCAGGCAGGAAGACACCUUGGGGGGGUUUUAGACAGACAGGCAGGCAGGAGGACUCCACCUUGGGGGGGUUUUAGACAGGCAGUCAGGAGGACACCUUGGGGGGUUUUUAGACAGGCAGUCAGGAGGACACCUUGUUUUUUUUUUAGACAGGCAGAAGUACACCUUGUUGUUUUUUUAGACAGGCAGUCGGGAGGACACCUUGGUUUUUUUUUAGACAGGCAGUCAGGAGGACACCAGCUACGCUCUGAUAGAAAAAAAUCACUUUGCUCAUGCUGCACAUGUUGGGAUUUGCCAGGUGUUUAGUGAAUUAUUAUAAGCAUCUUGCACUGACACACACACCAACACCGUAGCCACACACACCAACACCGCAGCCACACACACCAACACCGCAGCCACACACACCAACACCGCAUCCACACACACACACCAACACUGCAGCCACACACACACACACACCAACACCGUAGCCACAAACACACACACACACCAACACCGCAGCCACACACACACACACCAACACCGCAGCCACACACACCAACACUGCAGCCACACACACCAACACCGCAGCCACACACACACCAACACUGCAGCCACACACACACACACACCAACACCGUAGCCACAAACACACACACACACCAACACCGUAGCCACAAACACACACACACACCAACACCGCAGCCACACACACACACACCAACACUGCAGCCACACACACCAACACCGCAGCCACACACACACACACCAACACCGCAGCCACACACACACACACACACCAACACCGCAGACACACACACACUCCUUCCCUGCCAGCUGGCUAAUGACUACUUCAUCUGCAGAAACUCACUGGGAGGGAUGACUACACACAUACACUCCCCCCCACACACACGUUCAUACCCCCUGUCCCCCCUCUAUAGCAUGCCAACCAGAUACCCCCUGUCCCCCCUCUAUAGCAUGCCAACCAGAUACCCACCUUCUCCCCUCUAUAGCAUGCCAACCAGAUACCCCGUCUCCCCUCUAUAGCAUGCCAACCAGAUACCCCCUGUCCCCCCUCUAUAGCAUGCCAACCAGAUACCCACCUUCUCCCCUCUAUAGCAUGCCAACCAGAUACCCCGUCUCCCCUCUAUAGCAUGCCAACCAGAUACCCCCUGUCCCCCCAUCUAUAGCAUGCCAACCAGAUACACCCUGUCCCCCUCCAAAAUGGCAACCUAUUCCCUACUUAAUGCACUACUUUUGACAAGAGACCAUAGGGAAGAGGGUGCCAUUUAGGACCCUGACUGUCAGACUCCAUCCUGUAUCCAUUCAACACGUGCCACUCUCACCACUUGCCAUUACCUCUGGAAAUGAAAACAUCAUGAUGCCCAAAUCCAGCUAAAGCCAGCCUGUCGUUGUCUCCACUAUGCAUCUGUCAGCAUCCUCAAGGGCAAUGAUGCCUGUUGGAGCCCCAGAGACAAGGUCAGCACAGCAGCCAGCCUGGCCUGGCUUAGUGCAGCACAGGGAGGGCUGGGAGGGGAUGGGGAUGGGAGGGGAUGGGGAUGAGAGGGGAGGGGAGGGGAGAGGAGGGGGGAGAGAGGAGGAGAGGGGGGAGGGGAGAGAGGAGGAGAGAAGAGAGAGGAGGGGAGAGGAGAGAGGAGGGGAGAGGAGGGGAGGGGGGAGAGAGGAGGAUAGGGGAGAGAGGGGAGGGGGGAGAGAAGAGAGGGGGGAGGAGAGGGGGGAGGGGGGGGGGGAGAAAGAGGGGAUU